AUGAAUUACAGUCGGCUAAACUCAUCAUCACCAGUCGGCCGACUCCGGAACUUGACCCACUCUAGAACACUCAGAUCAAGCUCAACUAUUCUCACCAUCUGCUUCUGCGUCCUAUCCAUCUUCAUCCUCUCCUGGAUCCUCUCCAGCUCCAAAUCGAUCAACUCGCCCAGCUGGAGCGUCUUCAAUCAAAUCAACCAAUUCCAGCCCACUCCAACUAAGAACCCCCCUCAGAAACCAAUCGAUCCCUCUCAGAAAUUCUUGGUCAGAGAUUGGUCGAUUUAUCUAGGCUGGAACAACUUCAGAUACACCAUCGAAACUGGCCUGUUGCUUGCCAAACUGCUCAACCGAACACUAGUUCUGCCGGCCUUCACCUACUCUCGGGCGUGUGAAUAUGAUGAAAACGAAUGUACUGCGCUUACCCCUAUCCUCGUCAAUGGUGUUUCGGUCGACGUGACCACUCUCUCAAAUCGAACUUGGUAUCCCGAUCCCAAGCCUGGCACGCAUACUAUCAAACCAGAACUGUAUCUGCAGUACGGUAAAGGAUGGGUUUUGCCGAUCGAGAAAAUGCUAGACGUCGAUCAUAUCAUCGCAACUUGGGGGCAUGCCAUCAAACUGGGCGAUUUCCACAAAUUAACCAACCCAGAUCCCUCAUUCCAUGCCAUCGGGGUCUACGACGGAACUUGGAAUACCGACUUCAAUCUCAAUCUCAGUUAUAGAAAGUUGCCCAAUGCCAUGUUCACCAACUUCAGUCUUAGCAUGGUCGACAGACUACCCAAACCGAUCAAGCCACUCAUAGAUCGCCAGAAACAAAGGAGACCAAGCUCAUCAGCCCUCAUUACCCAAUGUGAAUCUACCCUCAAGAUCCUCGAAGCAAACGUUCCCCAGAAACGGGACAACAUCCCUUCACCCGAACCGAAGCGAUCGAAGCAAGACCUACCCAACUGGGACAUAUCGGAAAUCCGAGGGAAUUACAUUGCUGGCAAACUUGCCGAAUCUGACAACCCUUUGCUCGAGAGUUGCUUUGCCUCGAAUGGUUUCCGAUCUGCUUAUGGUUAUGGUAUGUUGGGUUGGUGGAUGAAAGCUCCAUACGAGCCGAUCAAGAACAUUAAGCGGUUAAAAAAUAUGGUUGGGUGGUGGGAUGAGUUACAUAAAUUCGACGAACAAAUUUUGCACAUUGAGGGUGAACUUCACAAUGGAUUCCCACCAGGGCAAAUGAUUUGGACGAGCUUAGAAGGUAGACAAGAGUUCGAAAGGCUAGUUCGCUCGGCUAUCAGGCCGCCACAAUGGUACCAUAACGUGGCCGCCCGGCUGGAGAAAAAGAUGCGAGCACGAUGUGGAGGACGGAGUUGGGUUGGAGCUCACAUGAGACGCGGAGACUUUUUAGCGUUCGAAUGGGCUGCCAAUAAUAUUACUAACCAGUGGAAUGAGAUUAAAUCUAAUACCCUGGCCGGUGCCAAUCUCUUACAAAGCCGACCUGAUCUGCUCAAACCUACGAAUAAACAAUUUGGCACAAGUUUAGAACCACCUCAUGUCGACGAUCCGAUUUACAUUGCAACAAAUAUCAGGGCGAAGGAGGAAGUGCAGUAUUUGCGCACUAAGCACGUCGUCCUGCUGUCUGAUCUAUUGGAAGAGUCAGAUCGUGUCGAGCUUGGGUUCUCGGGCAAAUAUAUGGAUACCACUUCGAUUCUGGAACAGUGUUUGCUAAUGAGGGCUGGGUACUUCUACGGCGAUGCUCAUUCUUCGGUUGAUGGAUGGAUCUUGAAUCGGAGAGUGUUUUACGGAAUCAGUGAGGAAGUCACUAAGAUUGAAUACUUGAAGCAACCCGGCGACGGCAAAUGA